UUCAACUUGGAUUAUUCAACAUGGGGAAGCAGACCGAGCUCAAGGCGGCGCCGGGCCCUCCGAGCAAGAAGCGCUUCCGCUUCCAGAAAGGGAAGGAGCGCAUUGCGGGUCUACAGUCGGAACUCCAGCUGCAUGCCAAGACCCAGUCGUACUCAAACUUUCUGCUGGCCAACACAGCCACGGAGCCUUUCCACGACGAGCUCGCGUUGCUCGGUGAGUUGUACACGAACGAGCGGUUCCAGCAACUGUUUCGAAAGCUGCGUCGGAUCACCAACUCGACACCGCAAUUGCUGCAUCACUUGACCCAAGUUGUGGCCAUCCUCGAGACGAAUGUCCGCGACUUUCCCAAGGACCCAGACGUGAUGAUCCCUGUGCUCAAGCUUUACGUCGCGCUCGCCAAGGAUUUGCAAAAGGAAUUCUACCCGCACUUUGCCACGUCGUUGCCGCACAUCUUGUCGAUCAUUGACAAGACCAACCCUGAACUGACCGCCGACGUGUUCAAGACCCUCUCCAUGCUCUUCAAGCAUCUCCAGGCCCAAGUUCUCGCAGAUAUGAGCGUGCUGCACAAGUUCUACAGCGUGCUCGUGGGCCACCCACAGGAAUAUGUGCGCGAGUUUGCCGCCAAUGUAUUCGCAGUACUUUUGCGAAAGGUCAAAUCUGGACAUGCAUUCCAGUCGUACGUGUUGAAGUACUUGUCUGCGCUCGUGCGCGGGAUCACGAGCCACGACGGGAGCAACGCGUCGUCCCUGUUGGACCACGACCACGUGCUAGACGGAACGGCCAAGCUGUUCUUUGCCGUGAUGAAGAACGUCCAAGCCCAGUUUCACUCGCGUACGAAGGAGUUGCUGCCGUUGCUCCUACAGGCAUUUGACCCUUCCCAGCAAGUUUCUGCAGAGCAAGCCACCUUCCCGACCAACCACGACCACGUGAUCUACGACAUUUCAAAGCGCGUCGUCGGCAUGCUCCGACGGUACACGACCGCCGAGCACGCGCCAGUGGUGUGGACGAGUCUCCUGGACGCCACCUCCCGCGCCGUCGCCGCCGUCCGUCCAGCUCCUGCGUACAUCGCGCGGCUGUGCAACCUCGUCGCACUGUUUGUCUCGUACAAGCAAGGCGAUUUGGUCGGCAAGGGCGACGCCAUUCGUCGGCCGUUGCUGGUCGUGGUGCAGACGCUGCUGUCCAAGUGUGUCGCCCACACGGACGAGUUGCGCGAGUCGGUGCUGAACCUGCUGAGUCAGUGCGCAUUUGCCCUCCAGGGAGACUUUUACGACGCGAUCGGGACCAUCUACACGACGCCGACGCUCCCGGACGCCGCCGACGUGGACGCGUUCACGGAGAAGCUGCUGUCGUUGCUGCCGGUCAUUGCUGUGGCCAAAUAUGUGCUGCCGAAAGCGUCGCUGUACGCCGCUGCGCAACACCAAAAGGGCCCAGUGGCGUUGCUCCAGUCGUUUUCCGUACUCGUCGACUGGAUCGAACUCCACCAGCACGUCGACGCGACCUACGGCGGCGGCGUGCUCACCCGCCAAGCCAGCCGCGUCGUGCUCGACCUGGCCAAGGUAACCAGUCAAGCGAUGGGGCACUUCGAAGCCGUCGUGGAAGGAGCGUUCGCCUCGUUCUUGGCGUCCACUGACGACUUGGUCAAGAUUGCCAACGUCCGCCAGGCGUUGCGCUGCCUCGCGUUCUUCAAGACGUCGUCGCCCGCGACCGUGACCGCGUCCGUGGCUUCGUUUCGCAGCAAGUUGCUGCAAUUACUCCCCAGUUCAGACGAAGCCACCGCCGCGGCGUUGACGGCGCUGCACGGACACUGCCUCGCGGUGCUGGGCCGACUGGCAUCCAUCCAAAACACAGCCACGUCCGAAGCCGACUUGCUCGAGUUACUCGCGCCCCACCCGACGUCGCCCCACAUGGUGCUGGCCAUCCAGUCGUACGCCGUGACGUCGCCGCUUCUGUCGGUAGAGUCGUGGUACCCGCUGUUACACCGAAACUUGCGGAGCUCCAACCACUCGCUUCGUCAAUACACGCUCCGGUUGCUGUCGCUGGCCCCGGCCCUGCCGUUUCUCGCCUCCCAAGACGCCGCGGGUACCCUGGACGGAUCUUGCGAUGUCGUGGCCAUCUGUCUGCAGCUCGAAGACGCCGCGGCGACUCCGUCCGUGGACACGGAGCGCCAACUCAUCCGGCUGCUAGACCGGCUCAAGGUGCUCGCGCGGUCGACGCAGGUGCCGACGCUGUACAUCCAGCUGAUCGUGUCGCACAUGCUCGGGCUGUUCCAUGUCAAGCUCUCGACCAUGUGGCCCCACGUGUCGGCCGUCGUGCAGGCCGCCGUGUCGGUGCACUUUGACUCGAUCUGGGACGUGGUGGUGGACGAGUUGGAGUUUGUAUCGACGCGGUCGGUGGCGGCGGCUGAGGUACCGGCGGCGUUGCUCGCCCACUUGCCGGCAAACUCCACCACUUCGUCCAACGCAACAACUCAACACAACUCGCCAACGUCGUUGCGCCUCGUGGCUGCGUUGGCCAGAGAUUGUGUGCUCGAACUCGGCUCUACCGCGCACACCGCGACGGACGCCGUGACCCACCACGGCCUCGUGUACAAGAUGCUGGAAACGUUUGCCCAUUUGGUUGAGCACAAGUCCAAGGUGGUCGUGCCCGUGUUUUGCGCGUUCCUCCGCGAUCAGUACUACGCCGUGUAUCCGGACGAAGUUGACCGCGUGUCGGCGGCGGACCUGACGGCACUGAUCGCGUCCGCUGCCGUCUCCCGCGAGGCCAACCCCAAGUACGCCACGCACCACCCCAAACUCACGUCGACGUUAGUUGUCGUCGUCCCGACUGCCAAGUCGGUGCAAGACAAGCUCGUGUCGUUCCUCCACCUGUUCAAGCGGUUCACCAACUACAAGGGAGUGUACGGGCACGAGUUGCUCUGGUCGUUGUUCUACUCGUUGCUACUCAAAGCCGACGACCGGCUCUCCCGCGGCGCCCUCGACUGUUUAUUUGCGUUCAAGCCGGCGUACCUACUGCCGUACCGCCAGCCCCUAGAGGACCUGUGCAACCCCAAGUCCUUUCGAGACACGCUGACCAAGUUCAAGGUCGAUCGCGCGUCGGGUACGCUCCAAGAUGAGCACCGCGACGGCGUCCUGCCGGUGCUGGUCCGGAUCUUGUACGCCAAGUUUAUCACUCGCAAGGGUACCCGCAGCGCCAAGCACUCGCUCGCGCACCGCCGGACCACGGUGCUGGCGUUCAUCGUGGCGCUGGAUCCGGACGAACUGGUGUACUUUGUGGACCUGAUCUGCCGUCCAUUCCACCUCCCAUCGAUCGGCGGCACGCACGGCUUUACGACCCAGGUCGCGCACGCCCAAGCCGCGAUUGCAAACGUGUCGGCGUCGAAACAAGUGGGAUUCCUCAACGUUCUGGAGGAAGUUGUCGGGCAACUCGGCAUGAAAGUCACCAAGUACCUCCCCGACCUCCUCGCGAUCCUCACGGCCAUCCUCGGCCACGACGGCGUCGGCCAAAUCCACCAUAACGAUGCUCUUGUCGACGAUGAUGACGAGUCGGCCGUUGCUGACGUCGUUGCUCCGACUCAACAUCCAGUUGUACACGAACUCGUCGAUGGUGACGAUGUCGAUGAUGAGAAUGACGAUGGUGACAAUGACGAGGACAAUGACGAGCAGGCGCCCCUGCCUGUUGUGGAGGGCGAGGACGCCGCCGACAACAUCGAUCCGGACGAAGAGGAAGGGGAAGAAGGGGAAGAAGAUCCUCUUCAAAAGGGUCACCACCACGACAGUCUCCGCAAGCAAACGAGAAUGCUCACGUUUCGCCGACUCACGCAGAUCGUGGACCAGUUUGACGGGCAGUAUGCAUUUCACGAGUGCUUUCAAAUGGUGUUUGCGCUGUGCCAUACGUCGAUAUUGCACUUGCCGAACGCGAUGCGCGGCGCCAAGAAACCGUCGGCGCUGCUCGAGUGGCUGCGCGCGGUGGCAGUGUCGGGGUCCGUCGUCACGGAACUCACGCCCGAGAUCGUCCGGAGCGUGCUCUCUUGUCUGGGCAGCGGCGCCCACCUCAACGUGACCAUCACGCACGACGUGCUCGAGUGUGUGCUAGGGUUCAUGGACGGGUUGCUCACGGCGGACGAGGCGCUGCUCACGUCGUUACUCUUGCCGCAGCUCGAGUUUGUGCUCCACCAGUUCGUUGCUCGGUUUCAGGCUAAAACCGCCAAGUUCAUCCAAGACAAGAAGAAGCAAGGUGCGUCGUCCAAGAAGGAGCUGCACUUUCUGUGCCGACUGGCGCCCCAUGUUGGCCGCGGCGGCACGACCGUCGAGACGGCGCACCAACUGGUGACGCUGCUGUUGCCGUUCGUCACGCGCAACCACAAGACGUCGCCAGUGGAAAAGGAGCACGUGUUCCAGGUCGUGUCGGGGCUCAUCCCGUGCCUCGAUGCCCCCCACGCCCACGUCAACUUUCUCGCAAAGUUGCUAGCCCCCGGCGUCAACUGCAUCUCGGACCCGCAACCCCGCCAGAAACUCAUGGACGUGUUCCGUGCGAUCCAAGUGCAUCCCCGAGCGACGGACCUCGCCGCCAUGUGUCAACACCUGCUCGACCUCAACGCCCUCGACGCCCGACGCCUCGAAGAAGCCGACUUUGAGCGCCGGAUCAGCGCCUUCCAAGCGCUCAAUUCGAUUCAAUUUCACGGGUUCCGCGAACACUCGGUCACGCUGGUGCCGCUCGUGAGCCAGUACCUUCAGAGCAUGCACGACACAGAGUACUCGCUCCGGAAUGCGGCCAAGGCGGGGUUGGAGGUGCUGAUCGCGCUCGCCGCGACCGACGACAGCAACGGCGUCCUCUUUCGGGUGUUUGAGACGGUGCUCAUGCCGUGCGUCCGGGUGAGUUUGAAGUCGCCGGUGGAGGACAUCCGCCGCGGGUUCGUCUUGCUGCUCUCGGUGGUCGCCGACCACUUUGCAACCCACGCGAGUCCAUCCUUCCACGGCGACCUCUCGGUGCUUCGCAACAAGGAGGACCCGGAAGUCGACUUUUUCCUCAACCUCACGCACAUUCAAGCGCACCGCCGGCUCCGCGCCGUCCAGAAGCUCAAGCAUGGCGUCGACAGCGGCGACUACGCGACCCUAUCCAACACGACGGCGCACAACAUCCUCGUGCCGCUGCUUCAGCACGUCGUGUACGAAGCCAAGGCCCAGGAAGGCGUCGGCGGGGAGGCCGCGCAGGCACUUGGGAGUGUGGCCACGCUCUUGUCAUGGACCAAUUACUCGGCGUUGCUGCGCAACUUGCUCAAGCAGAUCCCGACCCGCCCCGACUCGGAGACGCUCAUCAUUGCGUCCGUGUGCGCAAUCAUCGACCACUUCCACUUUGAGGGCAUUGUGGUAUCGGACGGCUGGAAGGCGUCCAAGGAGGACCGCGCCGCCGUCGCCGUCGUCCCCGCGACGCCCAUCCAGUCGGCCAUGACCACGUCGCUCCUCCCGAUGCUCAAGACGUUCCUCACCAAAGGGAAGCGCAAGCAGGGCAAGGGGAAAAGCGCCAAGGACGACCAGGGCACGGCCACCGGCGACUACGUGUUGCGGGUGCCGGUGGCGCUGGCGAUCGUCAAGCUACUGCGUCGGCUACCCGCGCACGUCUUCUUCCAAGAGUUGCCCAAGUUGCUCAUGCAAGUGACCAAGUUGCUCAAGUCCAAAGAUGAAGUGGUCCGGUCAUCCAGUCGCACGACGCUGGUUCGGAUCGCGGUCGAGCUCGGGCCGCAGUACCUUGUCGCAGUCGUGUCGGAGCUCGAACAUUCGCUCAAGAUGGGGUUCAUGGUGCACGUGUUGUCGUACACGUUGUUUGCGAUUCUAGAGAAAGUUGCCGACGCUUGCGAGCAACGCGCGCCGCCCCCCCUCACUGAAACCGAAACUGAAACCACCACGACCAUCCUGUUUGCGUCGCCGUUGGAUGAAUGUGUGCCCAAGAUCGUGGCGAUUCUCGUGCGCGAUAUCUUUGGAGACGUCGGCGACGAGCGGGAAGACAAGGCCAGCAAGUCCAAGACCAAGGAAGCCCGCGCCUGCCGGUCGUUCGACUCGUUCGAACUCCUCGCGCGGUGCAUCAACUUCCUCCCCAACCCGACCAUCCACACGCUGCUGCUGCCGGUUGUGCAGUCGCUCGCGAGCACUUCGGCCUCCCGCAAGGGCAAAGUCCUGCUCAACGUCCGCACCGUGCUGUCGCGGGUCGCGCUCGGGCUAUCGAAAAAUAAGAGCGUCGAGGCCACGCACAUGUAUUUGUACUUGUUCAAUAUGCUGCACAUGUGCUUCAACCGGCUCACGUACCUCCAGCCGACGGACGCGUCCAAGGCGGCGGCGCUGCAUGCCGACGCGGGGGGCGUGUCGUCAUGGCUCGUGCUCGACUGGAUCGGCACCAAACGCCGGACGCAGGCCCGCGUGUCGUCGUGGGAAACGUUCCGAAUCGAAGCCCAAGCCAAGAUGACUGGCUUUGACCGGUACGUGGCCACCAAGGAGGAUGCGGCCAACUCUGGCGCCGACGAGAUCUUGCUGUAUUCCGUCACGUUGCUCUACACGUUGCUCAAGAAGGAUGCGUCCGCGCUCACGUUGCUCGAUCCGUUCGUGCCGUUGCUGCUGCGCUGUCUGAACGAGAUCAAGCACACGGAUACUGUCAUUAUGGCGCUCAAGUGCGUCGCCGUGAUGCUCAACCAUCCGUUCCCGUCGCUCCUCCAAGGGUUGAGCACUGUCGUGGAUCGAGUGUUCAAGAUCAUUCAAAAAGCUGGCGCUGCGACCAAGAACGAGUUGACGCAAACGUGUUACCGCCUUCUGUCCGUCCUGAUUCGAGAACGCAGCGAGUACCGACUCGACGACGGCCAGCUCCGGGGGCUCCUCAGCUUUCUCCGCCACGACGUCGAAGAGAUGGAUCAUCAGAACGCCACGUUUACGCUGCUCAAGGCGGUGCUCGGGCGGCGGCUGGUCGUGGCCGAAGUGUACGAUCUCAUGGUGCGCGUGGGGGAGAUGAUGGUGCAAAGCCAAGUGGCGACUGUGCGCGCCAACUGCGGCAGCAUGUACCUGCUCUUCCUGCUCGACUACCCCCUCGGGGACAAGCGACUCAACUUUCACAUUCGGUUCCUCGUGAAUAACCUCACGUUCGUGUACGAGUCGGGUCGGCUGUCGUCGCUCGAGUGUUUGCAUGCCCUGGUACUCCAAAAUGUGGCUGACUUUUUUGCCAAAUCAAUCGAUUUACACACCAAUUUAGUCGACGCGUGGAUUUGAUUGGCUACUUGAUCGUGUGCUGUGGGUGUUUUGAUUGGACAAUGCUCAUAUAUAUAUAUAUAUCAUAGGUGAAAAAGUUGCCGUCGGAUCUCUUGGAUGCCCGCGCGCAGUUCUUCUUGCUGCCGCUCGUGCUCCAACUCGUCAACGACGACGCGGCGCCGGUCCGUGAGCUCGCGGCGGCGGUUGUGUCGGACCUCUUCAAGCGCAUUUCGGCCAACGUGUUUGGCGACGCCGUCGCGCUCAUGCAGCCGUGGUGGGGAAGCGCCGACCCCAAGCUCCAGUGUGCCGCCGCGCACGUGACCGGCCUCGUGGUCGCCGCGCGGCCGGAUCUGGCCAAGAAGCAAGCCACGUUCGUCACGACCAAGUUGAGCGAGGCGCUGGCCCGCGCAGUGGAUGCGAUGGGUGAGCAGGAAGAAGCAGAAGAUGGCAAACAAGUCGCCGACGUCGAGUGGGAGGCGACGUAUUACGCGCUGCUGUGCGCCGACGCCUGGCGCACGUCCGUCCACGACGUGUUCGAGGCAUGGGCGCCGUCCGUGCUCGAGUCGGUCGUGGCACUGCUUACGUUUCCGCAUGCGUGGGUCCGGUUGGCGGCGGUGCGGGUGGUCCGGGGGUACGUGCACGGACGGAGCCCGAAGACCCUGCUGCGAACCAACCAAGACGGUCAUGUCGUGGUGUACCUGGAGCAACCGGGGCGACUGUUUGCAAUGGCCCAGCAACUAUGCAAGCAACUCGAGAGCUCAUAUUUGACGGACGCGUUGGUCGCCGAGAUCGUGCCCACGUUGCUGUUUGUGCUGCGGGCGUUGCAGACCCACCCGCACAUUGACCAGCAUCAUCACAAGGCGGCCGUGUCGUUGGCCGAAACGGCUACAGUCGAUGAAGAAGACGAGGACGUUGCUGACGUCGUCGUUGCAGAGCCACUCGAGGCAUCGAGUGAAGCUACGAAACAGUCGUCCCCGGUCACGUGGCUGUUUACGCGGCUGUCGUUUCUGGCGCGAGGGUACCAACUCCCCCUGCGCAAGACGGCCGUGUACAAGUUCUUUGCCGGCGCAGCUGUCCAGGAAGACUCGAGUUUCUUAGCAACUGUCUUGCUAGCGAUGAUCAACCCGCUCUACCGCGACAUCCACGACGAAGCUGUGGACGACUCGGAGGAUCCGGAUGACUCUGCAAGUAUCCGGAAUCUCGCGCAGGAAGUGCUACAGGUGCUGGAAGCCACGGUCGAGUCGGCCGUGUUCGUGUCGACGUUUGCCCACGUGCAGAAGAAGGUGACCGAGUUCCGGGAGCGCCGCAAGCAGAAGCGGAAGAUUGAGGCGGUGGCUGAGCCGGACGUGGCGGCGGCGCGCAAGAUCUUGAAGAACUCGAGGAAGCAGGAGUCCAAGCAGCUCAAGAAGAGAAAGAUCGGACACCUCAAGGGGUCUCAGAGCAAGUACCAGAAGAUCGCCGCGUCCAAGGAACGACAGCGCAACGCCCGUCCAGGACACUACUAGAGACACUUUGCUAACGUUAUAUACAUGGCUGCCUAAGACAUGAUGAUUGCGUUGCGGAGCUAGUUGCUG